AUGAGUAGUAUUGUUAAGAAGUCAACUCACUUCACUCCAAAAGUGAAGAAAGCAAUCAAAAGAAAGACAGCAACCCCAACUUCUUCAGGAACACAAAAAUCAAUCACCCCAGCCUCACCACCAGCAUCACAAAUUGAUUAUAAGCAACAACAACAACAACAACCUGAAACCAAACAAGAUCAGUCACAAACACCAAUCCCAUAUCUAGAAUCACCUCCAAGUACGCAGAUACCUCUCACCCAAGCACCAGAAGAUAAUGCAAGCAAACCUGCUUUCAGAUUAACACUAUCAAGUGACGCACCAACUACCACCACCACCAAAGAAAAAGAAAAUGACAACAAUGAAGAACAUGAAGAUAUCGACCCUAAAGAUGCUUCCAAAAAGCUAGAACACCAAUCACCACCACCACCUGUACUGACUUCGGCAGUAAUAUCUGACGAUGAAGAACUGAUAUUCAAACCAACGACAAUGGAUUCCAACACCAGAAGUCGUCGACAAUCUUCUUCUGGAUUCAGUCAGAGGAGAUUAUCAGGCAUACAUCCCCCAGGAAUCCGUAGUAGAUCCGGUUCAGUAUCUAUGAAGCAACAUCCAUUAGAGGAUUCUAGUAUUGGUUCUUCUACCCAUAUCCCGGCACGAAUUGGAAUUCCAAUCGCAAAACCUAUCAAAAGAAGAAGAUCCCUGGCACAAAGCCGGACUGGGGCUGCUAUGAAGAGAAUGUCCGUGCUUAGUAGUAUGGGAACAGUUUCUAGUGCGUCGGUAAUAAGUACUGCGAUUACGACUAAGGAACAUACUCCUGCUCCUGAAGAAAAUCCAGUACAACAACAACUACUGACUUCAACGAAAGAUGGAACCACUCCUCCUGGAUCUCCAAAAACAAGCAAAAAAGGAGUAAGUGCCGAAUUUGUGGUUGGAAUUGAUCCUAUUUCUAAGAGAUUAAGAAAAUUUAGAAGAAAAGAUGCGCCAAAACAAGAACAACCCGAUCGAGUAGUUGACGCGGAGGGAAAUAUCAUAGAAGCGGAAGUCAUACCUGAUGAACCUGAGAACUUGAUCACUACAAUCUCCAGUGUAUAUCAAUUGCCGAGAAAGGUUAAGGAUGAAGAUGCUGACUUGUUUGGAGAAGUGGAGGUUGAUGUUGAAGAAAUGACAAUGGCGGAAUUAUGUAAAGCAACAUUACCAGUUGGGAAAGUGAGUGAAAACUUCCAACUUGUUGUAGAAGCAAAAAAGACCCUCAGUGAACAAAGAGAUGAAAGAAGGCGAACAAGAGAGAUCGCAAGAGCCGAACGGGUUUCGUUGGAAGAAGCAAAAAUGAUUAAUGAAAAGCAGAAAAGAGAAGAAAUGAGAAAGAGAGGUGAACAAGUUGAUGAUGACGAACCAGACCAAUCCAAACCUGGCCCUAGCAAAAAGAGUUUCUUAGAUGAAGAUGAACCACCAAAAUCAGCUCCUAGUUUACAAUUAACUAUGACUGAUGGUAAAAUAUCCUUUAAUGAAGAUUCUGCCGUUGUUGUUAAGCCUCGUGCUGAUGCAAGUGGUAGAUCAGUGGAACAAUCUAAUCCCUUUGCCAAUCCAAUAACAUCAACUACAUAUGGGAAACGAACGCAUACUGAAAAAUGGACCCCAGAAGAAUUGGUUCAAUUCUAUAAGGCUAUUAGUAUGUUUGGUACUGAUUUCUCGUUGAUAUCUCAAUUAUUCCCCUAUCGAACCAGAAAACAAGUCAAGGCGAAGUUUGUACUUGAAGAAAGAAGACAUCCUGAAGUGGUUGAAAUGGCAUUAAAGAGAAAACUUCCUACUAAUUUUAACGAAUAUUGUGAAAGUACCGGUAAGUCAAUUCAAACUUUGGAUUAUUAUAAUGAAGAAUUGAGAAAGGUUAGAUUAGAACAUGAACAAAGUUUGAGUAUGAUUAUGAUGGAAAAAGAAAAGGCAUUGAAGGAAGAUGCUGAAGCUAGUAGAAGAAGAGAAAUUGAAAUUAGAACUGGGGCUAAACCAAUGUCUAGAGCUGAAAAACUUAAAGAGUUACGGAAGAAUGAAAUGGUGGUUGGGUCAAUUGAUGAAAUUAAGAAACAAAGAGAAAAUGAAGAAAUUCUAAAACAAAGUUAG